AUGGCUCUGGUGGAAUAUUCUGACUCGGAGUCAGGUGCUGAAGAAGCAGCCCGUCCUAGGAAAAUCAAUAAACUUUCCCAAACUUUUCCGAGUGACAACCGACAGGUCUCAUCACUCCCGCCGUUACCUGCUGAAUUCCAUGAUCUCUAUGCCUCCAGCACCCGAGUCAGUGUCAGAGAUGAUCCAAGUCUUCAUGGUGGCCGUAAAAGGGCGAUACCUCAUGUUGCAGGAAACUGGCCUACCCACAUUUACCUUGAGUGGUAUCCGUCAAAAGAGGAGCUGGGGAUCUUGAGCAAUGUAAUCCAUCAAACCGAAAGUACUCUAAAAGGAAAGGGAACAGGAGUUCACAGCUUACUGCUUAGCGACCUGGGAGCGCAACUACCUCUUCAUAUUAGCCUUUCCAGACCCGUAGUCCUUCGAACUGAGCAGAGACAACAGUUCAUGGACACGUUUGAAGCCACACUUCAAGAUUCUGAUAUAUCAGUAUUUGAUGUCCAGUCAAAUAGCCUGGACUGUGUUUCAAAUUUUGAAAAGACUCGGUGGUUCUAUGUGCUGCGAGUGAAAAGGCCACCUCAGGACUCCCUGAAUUCUCUAUUACGAAUGUCUAAUCGCGCAGUUGCCCUCUUUGAACAGCCACCGCUUUACGAGCCUGCGUCUUCCAUUUCAAAAACCCCGAAGUCCGCAAGGUCUGGUGAGAACAAAUCUAGCCCACCAAACGACUACACCGACUCUUUUCAUAUUUCUGUUGGAUGGAGUCUAACAGAGCCAUCUGCCGAAGAAAAGGCCAGCAUGGAGAACAUAGAUCUAUCAAAAGUCAACGAGCUUAAAAUCCGAUUCGACUGCGUGAAAGUAAAAAUCGGGAAUCAAGUCUCAAGUAUAUCUCUCUCCAGCUCAACAUUAUUUUUAUAA